CCCCCUUUUUAUUUUCAUGGGAUUCCCCCAACAACGUGCUCGACUGGGCCCAUAAUAUUUUGGUGUUUGUGGCCCAUUGGUUCCCACCGCGUCGAAGCGAUCAGCGAGUCACUGAGUUGGAGCCAUGACUGAAAUGACACCCAGCCAAGAAAAUACUUUCUUGGAGCUAUGGGGCAGUCUUCCUACGGAGCCGAUCUCGACCAUGGUCAAUGACAUGGACCCCUGGCCUGAGUUAGGUGCCCUGGACACUUUUAAUGAGGAAAUAUUUGAACUUGGACAGAAUGAAGUCGCUCCCAGUGCGGUCCCCUCUGCGUCCACUGUCCCAGAGACCCGUGACUAUCCAGGGGAAUGCGAUUUUACCCUCCGCUUCCAAAAAUCAGGCACUGCUAAAAGUGUUACAUCCACGUACUCAGAAAGCCUAAACAAACUGUACUGUCAGCUGGCAAAGACGAGCCCAGUCGAGGUGUUGGUUGCUAAGGAGCCUCCGCUGGGCUCGGUGCUGAGGGCCACAGCGGUUUAUAAAAAGGCGGAGCAUGUGGCUGACGUGGUCCGGCGAUGUCCCCACCACCAGAAUGAGGACUCGGUGGAACAUAAGAGUCACCUGAUCCGGAUCGAGGGCAGUCAGCUGGCUUGUUAUCACGAAGACCUCGGCACAAAGAGACACAGCGUGACUGUCCCUUACGAGCGUCCUCAGCUUGGCUCUGAGAGGACCACUAUCCUCCUGAGCUUCAUGUGUAACAGCAGCUGCAUGGGGGGCAUGAACCGCCGCCCCAUAAGCACCAUCCUCACCCUCGAGACUCCAGAUGGCCUGGUCCUGGGUCGAAGGAGCUUUGAGGUUCGUGUUUGUGCGUGUCCCGGCAGAGACCGCAAGACCGAAGAGGAGAACAAGACCAAGUCUCAAGCCGGGACAAAAGACACGAAAAAGAGAAAGAGCGCCCCAGCCGUCGCAGCCCCUGUGAAAAAAAACAAAUCUUCCUCAAGUGGAGACGAGGAGGAAGUUUUUGUUUUAAAUGUUCGUGGGCGCGAGCGAUACGAGAUGCUUAAGAGGAUAAACGAUGGACUUGAACUCCUGGACAAGGAAAGCAAAAAGUCCAAGCCCAAAGCGACCGUGCCGGUGCCGUCCAGUGGGAAGAGACUCAUGCUCAAAGGGGAGAAGAGUGAGAGCGAGUGAGGAGUCGCCCCACUGGACAAUUUAUAUGCAUUUAUUUUCAUCAGGUUGACAUGUGUAAGCUACAUGCCUCAAAUUAGCACCAUAGACUGUGUAUAUAAAUGGACACGGCUAAUCCCUGAUCAUGGGCGCGUUUCUGGCUCCAAUUAACUUUUUAUUGAAAAAUCCCUCUCUGUACCUGCUGCUGUCAGACUCAUUUUGGUCUUAAAUGUUCGUAUUAACCCUCUACAUGAUCCUGGGGUUUUUAUUUCACUAUUGUGUCUGUAAAUCAAGAUAUGAACAUUAAUAACAGACAAAUCAGGUCCUUCUUUCCCCGAGGUCGCUCCUGUUAGCGUUAGCAACAGGUUUGAUUGACAGCGUAGCUAAACCAGCGGUGCGGCCGAGACGGAGCGUUACCUUCAGCAGCCUCGCUCCUGAUUGCCUCUUUGGUUGCUCUGAUGCUCUCGGUCAAAACUCCAAAUAUCGAACUUGACUCCAAAUUCGCCGCUCUAACGUCCAGCCUCUGAGCUUCAUUUGGAGCUGAACGAUGUGGUGACGUCACACUUUUAGUCCACUUCUUUAUACAGUCUAUGGUUGGUUCUGAUUCGAGGCAAACACGAUGAUGGUAAACGGCCACUGCCCUUUUAUGACUUGAAUGAAUGUUUCCUUCUGUGAACACUAGAGGGAGCCACACACACAGUCCACAUAAUGACAGGCCAGUGUUGAGUUUAGUGAAGAAUACGGACCACUACCAACAGUUUAAAGUGAAAUAGUUCUGUUUUUUCCACUUUUUAAGACUGUAAAAAAUCAGGUGCAGCAGUUUUAAUCCCCUGACCACUCUGUACUUUUGGUUAAAGCUGACAGACCUUCAGUUUAAACACAAUCUUGAAUGUGGCUGUUUCAAAUGCAAGUUCUGCUGUUUAUUUGUUCAAUUUUUUUUUUUAUCAAAGUCCUGAAAGAUCAUGUCGUAACGAGCAUCACUUUGUUUGAUUGGGUCUUUCAUGGGUUGGCUGGGACACCCUGAGACGUUGUGGACAGUAUUAACUAAGCCUCUGUGGUGUUUGUGGAUGUAAAGGACAAAACAAGUGUCUUUGUUUAAAAAAAAAAAAAAAAGUGCUCAUCAAAACCUGCCAUAAACCGAGUCUUUCUUUUUAGCACUAAACCAUUCAGCCGCUCACCCCGUUCUUUACACUGCUAAGUAUAUUCACCGGCAUUCCUUUGUACGUAGUAUUUUAGAUUUUGUUAGAUUUUUAUUUUGGGUAAGUUAGUUUUUCUAUAAGAUCUUUUGGUUCUAUUUUUAUUUUUUCUCAUUACUAUUUUGUAUUAAUCACUUUUUAUAACUGGCGAUAUAAGACCAAAUAAACUUUUUAAAUGUA